CUAGUCUCUGACUCCAAUUUAAUACAAAUUGGAUAUUGGCGGAAAAGUAGACUACAGCAACGAAGGAUUACUAUACAGAAGGCCGUGGGCCCGCCAGUAGCGUCUGCUUGUGUCAAGUCAAUUUCAUUUGCAGUUUGCAGUCAUGGCGGACGACGAUUCUAACGUCAACGACGAAGGUCCCAGUUCUAACGAUCUAAAUACUAAGUUCGGUCUCAGGCUUCGCGGACGUAAAGGCGCGCUAAAAAAGAAAAAUGUUUAUAACGUUAAAGAUCACAAAUUCAUUCCGCGGUUCUUCAAGCAGCCGACAUUUUGCAGCCACUGCAAGGACUUCAUUUGGGGCUUUGGCAAACAGGGAUUCCAGUGUCAAGUGUGCAGUUUCGUGGUACACAAAAGAUGCCACGAAUACGUGUCGUUUACGUGCCCUGGCGUGGACAAGGGCCCGGAUUCAGACGCCUCGCGGACGAAGCACAGGUUCAGGACUCACACCUACGGCAGCCCUACAUUUUGCGACCACUGUGGAUCUCUGCUCUACGGCGUCAUCCAUCAGGGAAUGAAGUGCGAAGCAUGUGACAUGAACGUUCACAAGCGAUGCCAGGAGAGUGUACCAAAUCUGUGUGGAUGUGACCAUACCGAGCGAAGAGGCCGUAUUGAACUCAAAAUCACCUGCGUUGGAAGCAAGCUCACGAUCGAAGUGAGGCAGGGCAAAAAUCUGAUUCCAAUGGAUCCCAACGGACUGUCGGAUCCCUACGUGAAACUCAAGCUGAUUCCUGAUUCUGACAACGUCAAGAAGAAAACGAAAACAAUCAAGUCCAAUCUGAAUCCUGUUUGGAAUGAGACGCUCACAUUCGAGCUCAAGAGCGAAGACAAGGACAGAAGACUCCUGAUCGAGGUGUGGGAUUGGGACAGAACGUCUCGCAACGACUUCAUGGGAUCUCUGUCGUUCGGCAUAUCGGAAAUAAUUAAGUCACCCGUGGAGGGAUGGUUCAAGCUGCUUACUGAAGAGGAGGGGGAGUUCUACAAUGUCCCCGUUCCCGACGAGGGUGCUGAUCUGGCGACUGUCAAGUCACAAAUGAGGGGAUCGAAAAUUCAGACUCGUGAUCGUUCGAAAACAUCAAUCACAAAGAAAGCUCCAGAAGUUGCCAACAAAGAUGUGCCACACAACAUGGGCAAAAAAGAUGUCAUUCGAGCCUCCGACUUCAACUUCUUGAUGGUUCUUGGCAAAGGAAGUUUUGGAAAGGUUAUGUUGGCUGAGAGGCGAGGAACCGAUGAAUUGUAUGCAAUAAAAAUUUUAAAGAAAGACAUAAUUAUCCAAGACGAUGAUGUGGAGUGCACGAUGGUGGAGAAGAGGGUGUUGGCACUGUCCAACAAACCUCCAUUUUUGGUCCAGCUACAUUCAUGUUUUCAAACUAUGGACCGUUUGUACUUUGUUAUGGAAUAUGUAAAUGGCGGCGAUCUUAUGUUCCAAAUACAGCAAUGUGGCAAAUUCAAGGAACCAGUAGCUGUGUUCUACUCAGCUGAAAUAGCAAUAGGCCUGUUCUACCUUCACGUGCGAGGCAUCGUGUACAGAGACUUGAAGUUGGACAACGUGCUGCUGGAUCAGGACGGCCACAUCAAGAUUGCUGACUUCGGAAUGUGCAAGGAGGGCAUCCUAGGCGAUAAGACCACAAAAACAUUCUGCGGUACUCCAGAUUAUAUUGCACCUGAGAUAAUUCUGUACCAGCCGUAUGGCAAGUCGGUGGACUGGUGGGCAUUCGGCGUGCUGCUGUACGAGAUGCUGGUGGGGCAACCGCCCUUCGACGGGGAGGACGAGGAGGAGCUGUUCGCUGCCAUCACCGACCACUCGGUCAGCUACCCCAAGGGCCUCUCCAAGGAGGCCAAGGAGGCAUGCAAGGGGUUUUUGACGAAAAAUCCAAGCAAACGGUUGGGGUGCGGAGCAAGGGGGGAGGAGGACGUACGCGGUCACGCGUUCUUCAGAAGGAUCGACUGGGAUCGCAUCGAGAACAGGGAGGUGCAGCCACCCUUCAAGCCAAAAAUCAAACAUCGAAAGGAUGUGAGUAACUUCGACCGUCAGUUCACCAAUGAGAAGACCGAUCUGACUCCAACCGACAAACUGUUCAUGAUGAAUCUAGACCAAACCGAGUUCAUGGGAUUCUCCUUCCUCAACCCAGAAUUCAUCCAGCACGUUUGAACGAUCUUAAAACGUCAUUCAGUAGUGUUGAAAUAAUCUGGUAUCGAUUCAAUCACCCCAUAACUAUUUUACACUUUGACACAAUAUAUCAUUGUAACUUUGUCACUUCUCUGUAGAACCGAUUGUGGUAAUAGGACCUUUCAACGCGGACUUUAGUCAGAAAUGGUAGUGCAAUACUUUUAACUGUCUUUCAAUAUCAUUAAAAAAACUUAUCGUGUAGCUCGUCUGUUGAGAACGUCAGAAAAAGUAGUAUCAAACUGAGGAAAUGACAAACUUUGAUGAGCAUAAUCUGUGACCAAAAGUAAGUUAUUUAAAUCUUAAAUUAUUUUUCCCUAUCAUCAAAAACUCGGUUUUCGAUAAAAUUGAAAAUUGUAUGUAGUAAUAAUUAUAUCGAGUUUUAGGUCAAAAAGAUGAUUUAUAACAUCAUUCAAGUCCAUAUUCUCAGCAUUACUGGAUUAUAUCAGAGAGGAAACAGUUAUUAAUGUCAAAAAGACAAUAAACUUUAUUGUUCUGAUAUUUCAAUCGCAAGACUUUAUUGAUACUCCAAGUAUCUUUUCUUUGCAAUAAUUAUCGCUAUCUUCCUACUGAUCUUGCUGACAAAAACUACAUAAUUGAAUGGGCUUAUCCACUUAAAUGCACAGCAAUUAAUGUUGUUUACUGUCUUAGUUUCCAAUUCCAAUUCACCCAUAAGCCUUGUGUUUAUCAUAAAAUUCAAUGUUCCAUACCAUAUAAAUAAGGAGCAUCUAAAAUUCAUUAUCUGAAAUGAAUUUGCGAUAAUGUAGUACAUACAUGAACAAGUCAAUUCUGUAUAUUCAAAUGCGUUUUAUAAAGAGGUAGUCAGAUAAGUCAAGUUAUGUCAUUUUCUCUGAAACUUCUAUAUAUAUGAUAAUCUCAGCUCAUCUACUCUUUUCUACAAGAUAUUAACGGUUGUAGUUGAAAAAUUAAUACUAUUUUAACUUUAGAUUACGGUUGCUUGGUUGGACUCUGAAAGGACUGUAGAAAUAAAGAUAUUCAAGGAUGACUUGUGAAUUAUAUUAUGGAAACUAUUAGAUUUAUCAAGUAUGAAAAUAUACCAUUUUCAUUCUGCUGGUUAAAAUGUUGAAACUUGAUUGAGUAUGUGGGAAGAAGUUGUUAAUUAUAUUUACUAUUAUAUUACUUGUGCAUUUAAAUUGAAGCAAUUACAAUCGUUCAUGAAUUUAGACAUUAAAAUUAAUAUCAUUCUCUUGAAUAGGAAGGGUUUGUGAUGCUCGUUAUUUGUAUUUUAAGCUGAAUUAAAUUAGCUUUUUUAAAAGUAGACUUCUGAAAUUUAGACAACUUAAUCUGCAUUUUUCCAUCAUAGUGUUGUCGAGCAGUAUUCAAAGUAUUUACGUUUCUAAGCCUCUAGCUAGUUUCCCUCAGUAUUAGAAAUUUCUCAGUAUUUCAUAGAAUAUUAUCAAUGUUUUAAAAUUCAUUUGAAUGUGAGAUCAAUAUAUUAUUAACUAGUUGAAAAAACUUCUUGUUAUUAUAAGUGAAACAUAUUUUCAAUAGGAGUUGAUGUUUGAACAUGAAAUGCUGAGUUGAGGAUUAAAUAUGCAUCGUUAUGAAUCUAUGUUGAACUUGAAAUCAAAUUGUAUAAUAACUUAUUACUUAUUAGAACAGAAUGUAUGUGAAAUUCCCCUCAAUUGUUGAGUUUUAAUAAUUCUAUUAUGUGUUGUAAAUAUUAUAUUUUAUUAGUGUUGAUUGUUCUAUUUAAUAGUUUUAGGCUAAUUUUACUGCCAUGGCUGACGGCUGUUGGACUUCCUUAUAUCAUGACUUUAUUCCAGUUCUGUAAAUGCAAUAAUCAAAGGUAUUUUUUCUAAGGUGCUAUUUUGAUUUAUUUGCUAUACUCAGGUUUGAUAAGAUUAUUUCAGCAAAUAGUAAUAUGUAAAUAAAUGACAUUUCCAUAGAAAUACAAACAAUUGAAUCAUAAAUUAAUGUAUCCCUCAAGUAUUUCCAGGAUAUCUUGAAAUUGUAGUUUUCUGUGAAGCUUUUUCCCGGACCAACAAUUAUAUUCAAUAACACUAACACCAACUAUAAAAUCAAUCAUACUUAAAACGGUACAGUAAAUUUUGAAUGUCUUAAAAUACUUCAAUUUCAUUUUUAUUAUAGGGUAGAGUUUUCAAUCACAGAAACCGUUGCAUUGUAUUGUAAUUAUGAAAGUAGAAAGUCAAUAAUUCAUCGUGAAUAAGUAAUUCGCGUUGGCAUUUACCGGCAUAAGUUUUCAACUAAUCUGUGAGUGAAAAUGUGUUUAAGAGAGGUUUUAAACUACGACUUUGCUGCCUAGAAUUGAAGGUUUGGCCAUUAAACUAAUUUUACUUUCAAAAAAAUCGAAGCAAUAGGUUAGAUCUUGACAUUAUGGUUAACAAUAAAUUAAGGUUAAAUAAGAAUAAAAUUUUCUAAUCGUAAGAUUGAAUCCCUACAAUGUAUUUAUAACAUUCAUUCCUGCAACUGCAGGAAUAAUGACAAAUUCUACUGGGAAAACUCCUAAAAACCUCCCCUAUCAAUCUUCUAUCUGCGUAUUUCUCUUUCCUAAAUUUUUAAUUAUUGUAUUAUUUAAAUGCAAUUUUUAUCGAAUCAAAUACUUGUUUCUUUACGUUUACUACGAUUUUAAUCUACAGACGUUUGCAUCACAAUCAAAACCCAUAUUAACAUUCCAGAAACAAGUGGUUUGAUCACUUACUGAUAAUAUUGUUAAAAAACCUAUAAUAGACCUAAUAAAUAAUAAUAAAGUGAAUAGCUGAACGUUAUCGUCCAGGUUUCUUUUCAAUUAUAUCAAUCUAUUUAUAUGUCAAUUCAAAUUUGUAUUCUGCUAACGUGCCACAAAAUUCGUGUUUAGCUUUUUCAAGAUGACUUUCCAGAAAAUUGACAUUUGAUAGAAACUUGAAUUAUUGAUAACAGAACAACUAAUCUCCUAGAAUGGAAGAUCAUCAUGAUUUAUCAGAUAACAUAUCGUCAUAAACUAAAUAUAUUUGUACUGUAAUUUGUGUAAUUAGGUUCGAUUCAUUUUCUCGUAGUGCUUCACUAAUUUGUUUGUAUGGAGAUAAUAAUUGAGCUUGAAUACACAAUAAUUACUUAUAAUACCUAUUAUAUAUAUAUAUACUGUAUCAUAAAACACUGCUUCCACUAGGAAUUGUUCUUUUUUGAAAGUUUCUUCACCUUUUGUGAGUUUCUCAAUAUUAAUUAAUGUUCUGGAACAAAUUGUUGUUUAGAUAUUAAUUGGAUAUCAUUUUAUAAUUAUAUUCACAAAUCUAGUUUAUUGUUACUUCUGCUCUUCUCUAGUAAAUAGUUUAUAAGUUAGCUUCAUUAUAACAGUGGAAAGUAUGAAUAGUAUCCACUCUACAGCUAUUAUGUGUUGGAUUAUUAUUAGUUCAGCAUGUCGAAUUUCUUCAUUCAAAGUGCCAAAAAUCAGUGUUUUGCUUUCCCUUUUCCAUUCCUCAUUUAUAGUUCAAAAUUCAAUUAUUUUUAGUAUUCGUUCUCUCAAUUUUCAAGAAAUUUAUUGAUUUCUGUGUUAGUUAAUUUAAAAAAUCAAAAUUAUACUGAACUGAACACAUUAAUGUUGUACACAAACUCAUUCCAGCUAUGCAAUCUGGGAUAUUUUAAAAUCACAAUAUUGUAGGAUAGAAAUAUAUUAUAGAAUUUUGAAUUUCUGGAAAUCCUACGUUAGAAACUUAUUAGGACUAUUUUUAUCUUUCUUCUUUUCCUCAUCCAUUAGCAAUCCACCCAUGCAUUUAAUAUUAGGAAUGUAUAAUCCUCUGUAAAUAAACUUGUGCUAAAAGAUUUAUCUCCUAGUGCUCUAUUUUUAAAUUGAUAAUAUCCAGAUUGUUGUAAAUACUGUAUCUUCUUCUUCUUCUUCUUCUUCUUUCCGUUCUUCAUUUUCAUUUUGUUCUCUCCCCUUGAUUUCGAAUUAAUAGAUUUUUCAGUAUUUAAUUUAUUUUGUGAUUUUGUCAAUGUCUUGGUUAAUUGCUUGUUUGAGGAUCUCAGAACUGUUUUUCAAAGAAAGAUAGUUCAAAUCGGCAUUUACUAUUAAUAUUUGUAUCUUAUGUGAGUUAAGUUUGAGUGAUCCAAUGAACGACUCCUUUUCAUUAUAUGUAUCAAAUUGAAACCGAUUAUUGUGUUAUCAGUAAUAGAUUGAGAAUAGGUAUUCAUCAACUAUUUAGAUGAUCGUUCAUCAAAAUAUAUCUCUGAUAUACGUACAUCGAACAUAUGACAAUCAUUAGUGUCGAUUUCAAUAAUACCUGCAUUCCAAAUUAAAAUAAUAACCACAGAAGAUCGCAUUUACUGCAAGCAAAUCGAUAAAAUUGUAUUAUAGAAAUUACUGUUUCCUGAUCAUAUUCGAUAUAAAACUAAUGGAAAUGAAGUGAGAAUAAUGUGUGGAAAUUCGUUGAAAGUUGUUUUUGGACUGAGAGACAAGAAUACUCUUUCUCCAUCAUUUAUCGUUCUAUCAUCACUUUAUGUUCCCCAAUGUAUUCUCCAUCGUCAUCUUAUCAUUUGAAAACAAGUACAUUAUGGAGUGUUAGUUUUGAAGCUCUCUAAUAUUUCAAUUAAAAAUCGUUACUGUUAGUAACAUUUCCCAUAACAUGAAUGUUCUUGAGAACAGUUCUGAGAUACAUUUGUUCAUUUUGUGUUAUAUAUUCAUGAUAAGUAAAUUUUAUUAAUGCAAGAUAAUGAAAAGCUACAGCUGUGAUUAUAGAAAAUUCAUUGCUAAAGUAUCCUAAUUAUUGUAAUCUUAGUUUAUCAAUCAACAAUUUCGAAGUUAUUUUGUGCUUACAUUUGAUUGUUAAGUUUAUCUAUUUUGUUAAUAUGACUAUUAUCCUAAUUGUUAUAUUUGCUUACUUUUAAAAUAUGCUCAGUAAAAUGUCAUUUAGUUAUAAGUUUAGUUAUUAUACAUAUUCAAAGUAAUAAUUCGAUGUAAAGUUAUGAUAGAACAUUAGUAUUAUUCUUGAACAAUGUUUCCAAAUGUAUUUCCAAUGUAUUCUCUUUUUGAUCCAUCAUGUUCUUCUUGAUGUUAUUGCGAAAGUUACAUUGUUUUCCCUAAUUGUUAGGAAAUUAUUUUGAGCUAUUUAAGAUUCAUUUCAAUUAGAUAGCAUAGUAAAAUUAAAGAGUCAAAAACUAAUAUUAGGAGGUAUAUUGGCGUAUGGAUAAUCAAUUCCGCUAUUCAAAGAAUCAUGAAUUUAUAAAUAUGAUUUAUUAAUUUUGUUAUAAGUCGUUCAUUAAAAAAUAUAAAAUCAGCUAUAAAAUAUAAUCCAAUGGCAGUUACAUACAUUGCAAAAGUCAUUAGAGAGUCUGAAUUAGUAUUAAUGUGUUGAUUGUUCAAUGUCGAUUUGUUAUAACUUUAUGUUUAAUUGAAGGCUGUAUGCUCUGUAUAUCACUGCAGGUGAUAUGUGGAACUCCUAGGAAAUAAUUCCACUUACAAAAUUAUAAGAAUUUGAUAGAAAACAAUCGAAGCUAUCUUGGAUUCUUCAAUUAUUAUUGAACUCAAUAAUCAUGAGCACAUGUGGAAUCAAGAUCUCAUCAACCAAAUCACUUGGGCCAACAUGCAGAUACUCUGUUUAAACGGAGAAAUGUCAGCUCGGGGAUCGUUUAAACCCCGUAUGAAACACAUUAUGAUGAAUGCAACCAAUAUCUACAAGUAAACGUGGUUACGCGUUAAACGUAGUGUUAGUAUAUGGCCCAAAAUUUUGCAAAAUCGCAAAAUAAAUUAAUGCCAAGUUGAAAAAUUAUGUAAAUUUGAAGGAAGUUUCCACUACAGGAAGUGGAAAGUGGGUGACCCCAAGUCCACAAUAAGGGUAAAGGUGAAGUGACUUGGUCGCAGAGUAAUAGCAGUUUCAUCUUUUGUUCUGGAACUGUUAUUAUAAAAUAAUGAUAAUUAAUGAACCUUCACGUUUAGGAGUUUGACUCAGAGACUUUAAUAGUUGAUUCUUGUGUACAGUUGUGUCGUCAGUACAAGAGAAAUUCAAGUCACUUAUCUAAAUUAGCUGAUUCUUUAUACAAGAUUCCCAAUCCAAACAAAAAUGUUCUUUGAAACUUUUUAUUCAAUAUUUCUUUAACAUUCUCUUACUGUAACGAAUCAAAACUAGUAAUUGAUGGAGGAGCCUUUGUAUCUAAUUAGAUAAUAUUGAUUUUUUUAGAAUAAUUUGUUUCGUUUCAACAAUGAAAGUUGUAACGUAGUGGGUGUUUCAAAAAGCUACAGUGUGAAUUCUUGUGUUUUUGGAAGGUAUUAUAAUUAUUCUGUCUGACUUGUUCGUUAUCCUUGGCAGAUUUCAUCAAAUAGUCGAGCAAGUUAAGCUGCGUUUACACCAAAGUUAUUAACAAAAUUUUAAUAACUUAAUCCUUAUAGAUCCUAUUAGAUUGAACAUAACUUAUCAUACGCAUGAUGAACAUAAUAUAUGUGUUUGUCAUGUACCGUUCUAUCUAAUACAAUCUAUAAGGAUUAAGUUAUUAAAUUUUGUUAACAACUUUGGUGUAAACGCAGCUUUACACUUGAAAUUCUGAAAAGUUUGGUUGGAAAUAAUGUUUGAUAGUAAGCAACGUAAGCCUCAAAUUGAACAUCUAUUAAUAAAUAUAUCCUGAUGGAAAACUAGACGUGUCACAAUAGAAUCGGCAAUGAAAAAACGUUUCUAUAUUAUUCGUUCUUUUUGAAACACCUGGAAAAUUUAGAGUAGCUUUAUGCUAGGAGACGGUUUUAUCUGAUCUGUUUGUUAAUAGUAGCUUUUUGCAACUUUUUUCACUAGACUAUAAAUUAAUCUAAGAUCAAAUACGGUUAAUAUGAGUAGACUAGGACACUAUAUUCAACACAUACAUUUAUCAAAUAUAUUAUGCAUAUACUUGCUAUAAUCAAUAAUUCAUGUUAGGGCUUGUGUAGUUUUGGAAAAAUUAUCAACAAUGUAUCCUUUGAUUGAGUCCCCACAAGAUACAUUGCUGAUAGAGAUUUGAUUAGAAACAUUUCAUUAUAAUAUUACUAAUAUUUGAUGAGUCACUGUUUUAAUAAUGAAUAUUGUUAUGAAAAAACUCACAGGAUUAAUUGAAUCGUCACAUAAUACUCUAUUAAAAACAAUUAUUGAAAUAUAUUAUAAAAUUCAAUUAAAAACUUGUAUAGAAGAAACAGUAAUCACAUUAUGGUAAAAUAUGCAACUUUUAAUGUCAGUAUACUAUAUUAUAUUAUACCGUAGCACAAAAAUUAUCAAUCGUUAAUCUUUCAAAAUGAUAUUUCUCUCUUGAUUUCAAUUUUUCAAUCUCAAUAAACAGUAGGCUAAAUACUUAAAUAUCAGUAGUUUUUUAGAAUUUCAGAUUAUGUCGUAUCGAUGUAGUAUGUGUUAUUAUUGUAAAAUCUUAUUAUAUUAAUAUAGGUGUAUUAGUAGAUAAGUUAUUGCAAUAUUAGUAUAAUCAUAAUGUUGAAUUUCUGUUUAGGUUAUUGUUGUUUAAUACAACAUCGUUAGAAAUAAAAAUUCUAAAUCUAGUUCUAAGUCAAGUCCAUGGUGACCAACCAUGGCAUAUAGAUUAGAAUUAUUAGAUUUAGGCUCUUAGGUAACUUCAGUUAUUAUAAUUUCGUAGCUGUGUUUUAGUUUGUAGGUUUUAGAAAAGAGUACUUGGUUCCUCCAUCAAUAUUAAUGCUGUCUGAGAAGAAUAUCUGUCUAAGAAUAUAUUUUGGAUGAGGCUCAUAUAUUCUUACUUAUGAGAUGAAAAAAAUGACAUGAACAAACAACCAUGAGUGGUAAGCUAUCUGAAUCAUGAAUACAAUAUUCGAUUUAACGUAAACGUUUUUUGAUAUUACAUUCAACCUAUUGCACUUUAUUGUAAUCUACUCUAUUAAAAAAUAUAAUAUUUUGUUUAUUUUAUUUCCACUCUAGUUUUCUACAAAAUGAAAUAACUGAAUCUCUGUGGUUGGGAAAACUGAUUCCUGUGGGUUGAGGUGCUAUAAUUUGAGAAAGAAUUGAAAAAUUAUUUAUUUAUUUUUAAAUAAAACACAAUAGCCUACACUUGGCUACUUUGAUUUCCAAUGCAAAUUUAAAAGCAUGCAAAAUUAUCAAAUCCAUUUCAAUCAUCAUUUAUUUAUCAAAGUAUUUACGGUAAUGUGUAUUAUUAUUGCAUGUGGUAUAAGGUAUAAUAUUAAACCAAUCCUAGUUGAAUAAAUUCUUUAUCUUUCUUUAUUCUUUUCCACAAUGAAGCACAGAAAUUCAUAUUAUUUCAUUUUAUAUUCUUAGAAUAUAAAAACUAUUCUUCUAUAGGGCUACACUUCAAUUUGAGAUAAUUGUAAAACUUGAUUUCGGAGUUGACUAUUCAUAAUCAAGCUGAUUCACUUGAAUAAAAGCGAAAAAUCGGCUGGAAAUAAAUUGAUUUUGAGGUGGAUGACAACAAUUGUAUCUAGUUUUUGACUCUUUAAAGCUAUAUUAGCGACCUCCAAAUCUGUCUUGUGAGUGAAUUCACAGUAUUAUUUUGUAUUGAUUCAAUCAAGUCAGUAUAACUUGAAAUGCGGUAAUUGUUGUCUAGAUACCCUAUACUGCAAUGAGGCUGAUUUGGUGGUCGCUUUUAUGGGUUAUAUUUAUAUCUCUAACUGAAUUCUAAGCUUUUUCUGCAAUCUAGAACAUGAAUAAUUGAAUUGAAAAAAACAGUAGAAUUAUACUGUGUUAUAUUUAUUGUUGAAUUCCUGUAAUGAAGUUCUACAUAUUUUGCUGAUUGAUAAUCUGCUAAUCUGUACGAGUAGAAAGAAAAAAUAAAAAUUCAGUUUUUUCAAGUUAGUAAAAUUUGAUGAUUUUUAGGUAACAGUCAUGUGAUUGAUUUGAUACCUAUCUAAAUAUUCAUAUUAUUCAUUGAUAGGUUGUGGAAUCAGCUCAAAACUCUUUCCUACUUCUUGUUUGUCUGAUCAAUUCAAAUGUUUUUCCGUAAAUUCGAAAAAUUUUCUUGUAAGCGUCAAUCAAGUGCAUUAAGUUUGAUCUUACUGUACUAUAUUGAAUGUAAUGCAUAGAAUAUUUUAUCUAAGACAUUUCUCUCAAAUAAACUGCCUUCGAUCACGUAAGGGUAAUGUACAAUA